GCGUGCAGGUUGCCGGCAGCGUACCCGGCGGCGUGUACUCCGACCUCCGCGCGGCCGGCCAGCUGCCGAAGGACCUCUUCUACCGAUUCAACGACGAGGAUUACCGCUGGGUAGCCAAGGCCAACUGGACCUACGACCGCUCCUUCCAAGUGCCGCGCGGCGUCCUGGCCAAGGACAAGCAGGUGCUCGUGCUGCACGGCGUGGACACGGUGGCUGAGGUGCGGCUCAACGGCCGCGUCCUCGGCACCACGGACAAUAUGUUCGUCCGCUACCGCUUUGACGUCAAGGGGAUCCUCAAGGACGCCCACAACAGGCUGCAGGUCCGCUUCACGUCCCCGACCGCCGAAGCGUCGCGCCGCGCCGCCGAGCAAGACAAGCAGUACCCGGUGCCGCCCGCCUGCCCCGACGCCAGCUACCACGGCGAGUGUGGGGUCAACCACCUCAGAAAGAUGCAGGCCUCGUUCUCCUGGGACUGGGGCCCCGCCUUCCCCUCCAUGGGGUUGUGGAAGAGCGUGCACAUAGAGGCGUACACUACGGCGGUGCUGCGCAACGUGGGCUUCACCGCGCGCCCCGCGGCCGCAGCCACGGCCAAGAGGUGGGACGUGGCGGUGCGCGCGUACUGGGAGGUGGGCGCGCGCCCCGGGGAAAGCCCCCCGCGCGCGCUGCUCUCCGUCACCCUCACCGGCCCGGACGGCAAGGUUGCCGCCAGCGAGGACGUCGCGGCCACGCUCAGCGGGGACGCGGAGGGCGCCGGCUUCACGGACGUCGCGCUGUUCUUACCCAAGGACAAGGUGCAGAUGUGGUGGCCGAGCGGCUACGGCGCGCAGCCCCUGUACACCGUGCACGUGGCGCUGCGCGCCUUCACGAACUGGGGGCAGUCCGACCGCGGCGACCUGUGGGACCAGAUGACCGUCAAGUCGGGCUUUAGGACCGUGGAGCUGGUGCAGGAGCCCGUGGACGAGGCCCACCUCGCCAAAGGACUCACGUACUACUUCCGGGUGAACGGCGUGGCCGUGUUCGCCAAAGGCUCCAACUGGAUCCCCGCGCACGUGCUCCCGGAGCUCGGCGGCGACCCUGGUGUCGUCGGUCACCUCCUGCACUCCGCCAAGGAGGCCAACAUGAACAUGCUGCGCGUCUGGGGUGGCGGCGUGUACGAGUCGGACCUGUUCUACGAGCUCGCGGACGAGCUGGGCAUCAUGGUGUGGCAGGACUUGAUGUUCGCGUGCGCCAUGUACCCGGUGGGCUCGGCUUUCCUCCGGUCCGUGGACACGGAGGUGCGCCAGCAGUACCGCCGCCUCAACCGCCACCCCAGCGUGGUGGUGUGGGCCGGCAACAACGAGAACGAGGCGGCGCUCAGGGGCGACUGGUACCACACGCAGGGCCCGCUGUUCGAGCAGUACCACCGCGACUACGUCAAGCUGUACGUGGACACGGCGCGCGCCGCGGUGCGGGCCGAGGGCCUGGCGACGCCCUUCGCGGUGUCCAGCCCCUCCAACGGCGCCCAGUCCGAAGCGGAUGGCUUCCUCGCUGAGAACCCUUACAGCUCCUUGUACGGCGACGACCACCACUACGACUACCUCUCCGACGCCUGGAACCCCGCCGUCUUCCACAACACGCGCUUCGGCUCCGAGUACGGCUUUAUGUCCUGGCCCAAGAGGCCCACCAUGAUGGACGCCACGGACUCCGAGCACGCCGACGAGGACCUGGCGCUGGGCAGCACGCUGGCUGCGUCGAGGCAGCAUCACCCAGGCGGCAACCUGGAGAUCGCCAUGCAGAUCAUGCAGCACCUGCCCUUGCCGCAGGACUUCAACAAGUCUGAGCACUUCGACACUGUGGCGUACUAUAGCCAGGUUUCAGAUCUACCAGGCCAUGGCCACCAAGACGGAGACCGAGUUCCUGCGGCGCUCCAGGAACCUGCUGACGCCCCUGGGGGAAGGCCGCACCAUGGGGGCGCUCUACUGGCAGCUCAACGAUGUGUGGCAAGCCCCCUCCUGGGCAGGCAUCGACUUUUCCGGCCGAUGGAAGAUGCUGCACCACUACGCCGUGGACUUCCUGGCCCCGCUGCUGGUGUCCCCGUUCGUCAAUGCGGGCACGCUCCUCGUAGACGUAGUGUCCGACGCGCCGCGGUCCGGCGAGCUGCUCGUGCACACCGACGUGCUGGCCUGGGACUCGUUCCAGCCGCGCGCGCAGAGCGUGAACGCCGUGACGAUGAAGGGCGCGGGCAGCACGGUGCGCGCGCUCGUCAAGCCCAUGUGGGCCGUGCUGCGCGAGGCGGGCUGCCCAGAGAACGCCACCUGGGGCCAAGCCUGGGGCUGCGUGAUCCUGUUCAGGCUGACGGACACCAACAACGCCACCCUCGCGGAGAACUUCCUGCUCCCAUUCUCCCCCAAGGAAACCCGCAUGCCGACGGCCACGUUCCAGUUGGGCAGAGUGGGGGGCCCUUUCCCCGGCACGCAGCACCAGCGCUGGGACUACGAGCUCACUCUGGUCGCGUCCUCGCCGGCGGCCUUCGUGUGGCUGGAGGCGGGCCCCGUGCUGGGUCGCUUCUCCCGCAACGGCUUCCACGUGACGGGUGCCGAGGGUCUGGAGCUACGCUUCCACAGUGACCAGGAGAUGCCCGCCGACGAGUUACUCCAGCACCUCACUGUCAGGGCGCUCAACGGCCAGGGGUUUUCAAGAGUCCAGGAGGGGGUGGAGUUGCUUAAAAUUUGAAUACAUACAGCGGUACGUGUCGGAGGUUGCUAACAAUAACUUUUUAGCCCUUUUUUUAUUUUUUCAAGAAACUUUGCACAGAGCAGGUUUGAACUAAAUUAAAGCUUCUCUCUCAAAUGAAAAUGGUCGACAAAGAGUCAAUAAACAGAUAAAAAAUUUUGAGUUCCUCUACGACGCUACACUGUUAAAAAAAUUCUUAAAUUUAAUACAUAAUGACAUCUUAAUUUUAAUAACCUUUUGAAAGGAUAUGAAAACUCAUAAAGGUUUGUGAAGUUUAAGAAAAUUUCUUACAUUUACCAAAACAUUUCUGACAAGUAAUGAAAAUAUUGGUAAGUUUCAGAAACUUUAUUAAAAUUAAAAAACAGGUUCAUUAAAUUUGAGACUGUUUACCAAAUGCAAUAAUUUGUUUCUUAAAAUUCAAAAUUACUAUGACUUUUCAUAUUUGAUUCUCAUCCUGCCAGUUAAAAUUGUGAUCAUUGGACGCUUCACUACCAGUGUACGUAAAGAACAAAUUUGGAUGAUCUUGGUCAUGUGAAGUCGUGUUUGGAGGCCCUGGGAUGAGCGCUUCCACUGCCUAGCGGAGUCUCCGCCGAGAGGCUUGGAGUCAUCCACAUCCUAGAGCCCGCCUCGCAGAGCUCACUCGUGGCGCAGUUGGUAGCGUCGCGGUGCGGUAAUCCGGAAUUCCGGGUUCGAGACCGAGUUUGAACCACGCUUCCAAGCGAUUUCGGCAGUGAAAUCGACUACUACCAUACAAUGAAUAACUCAUUACGUACAUAAGGCGUUCAAUUUUUACCUGCUCUAUAUUAAAUUCUUCUUAAAUGCAAAAACAACUUUUAAGAAACAGAUUAUUACUUUUCAAAUUUGAUUCUUACUUUUAAGAAGAAAAAGUUUAUUACUUUUAUUAGCAAAAAGUCUUUGUAAACUGCUUCAUAAAAAAGUUUCUUAAAAUUAAGAUGGAUUUUUUUAACAGUGUAAUAUGAGUCAAAAAGUCAAGUAUUUUAUCAAAAUGUUACCUCUUUAUACCCUAAUUUCAUGCAAGCAUGACUAGCACCUUGAGAAGCUAGCAGUUGGAUUUGAAACAAGAGCUGAGAGUCUGGAAGGCCACUGUCACACUCUAAGAAUUUUUUUUGUAAAUUUACAACCAAACUUCUGCAAAUUUUGUACCACAAACUCGUUGUUUUUGAAAAUUACGACGUUUGUACUUUUACAGGCAGCUUUGUUUUUUGGCGACAAAGAGGGGCAAAUUUUUUCGGUCCUUGAAGGCUGUUGCCAAAUACAACCAUGAUCAUCAAAUGAAUGAAAAAGUCAUCAUUUUACGACAACUUGUAAAAUUUUGAAUCCGUUUGUCUUUGUCAAUUUACAGCAAAAGAUGUAAAAUAUUGAAAAACAGGUCGGUCUGGUGGUUUUGAACCUGUCAUGUUUCACUUGCGGCGCACGCUCUUUACCACUGAGCUACAAAGACAUACAGGAAUCAAGGUGUCAGCUACCAUGACACUUGAAGCCCACCUCCCCUUUCUUUUUUCAGACAAACUCCGGUAAAUGAACAGAAAAUCCAUUUUUUUUUCAUAAAUUAACAGCAUUAGUUGUACUUUGCACUAAACAAUAAGAUUAUAUAUUAUUUUUUCGUAACCGUACAACAUGUAUUGUACUUUGCAAAAACAAACCAUCAAGAUAAUCCGAUUUUUGUUCGUAAAUGUUGUGAAAUACAGUCUAAAGAUUCCUAA